GCACACGCAAAACACCAUCAAGGUCCUCGCCGCUCUCGAGUCUCAGCAACAUCCCCCACACCCUUCUCCCCCAUUCGACCCUCGCACACUACUAAAGAAUCAUGUCGUCCACCGAGGGCAAGACGAUCACUUGCAAGGCCGCCGUCGCCUGGGAGGCCGGCAAGGAGCUCAGCAUCGAGGACAUUGAGGUCCUUCCUCCCCGCGCCCACGAAGUCCGCAUUCAGAUCUACUACACCGGUGUCUGCCACACAGAUGCCUACACCCUCUCCGGCAAGGACCCUGAGGGUGCUUUCCCCAUUGUUCUCGGACACGAGGGUGCUGGCAUCGUCGAGUCCAUCGGUGAGGGCGUGACCAAUGUCAAGGUCGGCGACCAUGUCGUCGCGCUCUAG